UACACGAGCAGUGACACAUGCCCCUCUCCUCUCUCUCUCUUGCAGGUGACAGAGACACUCCCGUAAUAUAAAACCUACGGGGGCUUGAAGAGGAGGACAUGCAGCUCCUCCAAACAUAACAUCUCUUCACCUUACAGGCGAGAAGAAAGGGAAAUCAGGUCUAUGAUCGCAUCACCGGCGGGACCGGUAUAGAGAUUUUAGCUUUAAGUCUAUAUGGAUCGGGUUGACCGCUUCCAUCGCUCGAGAGCACAUUCUAGAAUAGUCUGUGCAGUAAUAGUGGAUGCGAGUCGMGCGCGGUGAUACUGAUUAUAUAAACAAAACGAGGAAAGCAGAAUGAUUGCAUUGUUUUAGACGACUGAGUCUGAAACAAAAUCAAUAAAAAACAGCCUAUAUGAACGACACAAUUAACAACAAUGGAGUUUGAGACUUGAGCUUGCUGCAUUUGCUAAAGUGAGUUGUGUCCAGGUAAUGGAGCGCUCCAGGCCUACAGAAAUGAGUGAGUGAGUAGGCCUAUUAUUUGAGACACCGACCUUCAGACCCCAAGGCUCUCUCAGAACAGAGGAGGGCCAACCUUUCUCUCUGGCUCUGACCACCAGUCAGCCAGACACAAGUCCCGGGGCUCUUAAGGUUYCCAUGACCACAGCUCCCCAUGGCCUGUAUCACCGAGACCCGCGCCCCGUCCCCCUCCCUCUCAGAGUUCAACACCUCCCUCUCAGAACACACCCCUCCCUUCCGGAACCGGCUGGACGAGUCCCCCGCCUGCACCCCUGAGAUGGAUCUGACCCCCACCCAGUGUGUCCUACGGAACGUACUAUCUAUAGACACCGGGGGUGCCCCGGAGCCCGACGGCGGGGGAGGUGGAGGUCAUAACGGUGAACAUACCUGUGGGGGCCACAGCCCCACGCCUAGCGAGGAGCAGCAGGAGCACUUUGCCAACAGUGUGCUGAAGCUCCAUGAGAACGGGGAGGGAGGGGGUAGGAUGGAGGGAGGGGGUCAGGAUGCGGAGGGAGGAGCGGUGCGGAGCCAGGCUGAGGAUGUGAGGCUGCUGUCGGGAGGAAGUGGAGGGUUUCUGGAGGGACUGUUUGGGUGUCUGAAGCCAGUCUGGACCAUGAUCGGCAAGGCCUACUCCACCGAACACAAACACAACCUGGAAGAGUUGUGGGAGGUACCGUUUGAGGACAUCUCAGAGCUGCAGUGGGUGGGCAGCGGGGUCCAGGGGGCUGUCUUCCUGGGUAAACUCCACGGACAGGAAGUAGCUGUGAAGAAGGUUCGAGACAUCAAGGAGACAGACAUCAGACACCUGAGGAAGCUCAAACACCCCAACAUCAUCACCUUCAAGGGUAUCUGCACCCAGGCUCCGUGCUACUGUAUCCUAAUGGAGUACUGUGCGCAGGGCCAGCUGUAUGAGGUGCUAAGGGCGGGCAGGAAAAUCACCCCCUCCCUACUCAUCGACUGGGCCAUGGGCAUCGCUGGGGGCAUGAACUACCUUCACCUCCACAAGAUCAUCCACAGGGACCUCAAGUCACCCAACAUGUUGAUUACGUACGACGACGCAGUGAAGAUCUCAGACUUUGGCACAUCUAAGGAAAUGAGUGAUAAGAGCACCAAGAUGUCGUUCGCCGGUACGGUGGCCUGGAUGGCCCCGGAGGUCAUCAGGAACGAACCCGUCUCAGAGAAGGUUGACAUCUGGUCGUUUGGUGUGGUACUGUGGGAGAUGCUGACAGGAGAGGUGCCGUAUAAAGACGUGGACUCCUCGGCCAUCAUCUGGGGAGUGGGCAACAACCGCUUGAACCUGCCCGUCCCAGAGAGCUGCCCAGAUGGAUUCAAAAUACUGCUGCGACAGUGUUGGAGCUGUAAGCCCAGGAACAGACCUUCUUUCCGUCAGAUCCUCCUACAUCUGGAUAUCGCUUCAGCUGACCUGCUGUCUACCCCACAGGAGACAUACUUCAAAUCUCAGGCGGAGUGGCGAGUGGAGGUGAAGCAGCACUUUGAAAAGAUCAAGUCUGAGGGGACCUGUAUACACAGAUUGGAUGAGGAGAUGAUCAUACGACGCAAAGAGGAGCUCAGGCAUGCCCUGGACAUCCGUGAGCACUACGAGAGGAAACUGGACAGGGCCAACAACCUCUACAUGGAGCUCAAUGCUGUCAUGCUACAGCUGGAACUCAAGGAGAAAGAGCUACUCAAGAGGGAGCAGUCCCUGGAUAAGAAGUACCCAGUAUGCGUCAAACACCACAGCUCCAGACAAGAACGCUCGUCCAACUCCAUGGAGAAACUCAUCAAGAAACGCAACAUACCUCAGAAACUGGCCUCUCACACCAAGAGUAGGCCAGACCUGCUGAAGUCAGAGGUGAUCCUCCCCAAACUGGACUCCUCCAUCACCCAGGUGACCAUCCCCUCUUGCCCCCAGAAGGGCUCCACGUCCCCGGGGAGGUCGCGUCGGGCCAAGUCCCGCUACAGGAAGGCAGGGAAGGGCAGCAGUGGAGACCUGGCUGGGCUGAAGGCAGCCCUGUCCUCUAACCUGGGCUUGGCUAAUACUAUGUCACUGACCACCACCAACACCACCUCCACACCCAGCAGCAAGCAGCACCUGGACCCCAGCGCAGCCCUGAGAGGUCUCCAACAUGACCUGCUGCUGAAGAAGAUGUCUUCAUCCAGCCCGGACCUUAUCUCCACCGAUCUGGAGGCAGAGGGCCGCAGCAAGGGACAGGAGAAGCCCGGCCUGGAGAGAGGGGGCAGCCAGAGCGCCUCUGCUGGCCUGGGAGGAGGAGGUGGAGGGGGAGGUCGAGGUGGAGGAGGGACAGACGAUCAGGCAGAGACCCCAAUGCGUAGUGACACCCCCAGUAAGGACGCGGCCUCCAUCCCGUUCUCCAGUAGCCCAGAUUCACCCUGUGGGAGGGGGGCGACAGCAGGGAGGGGGUCGGUGCUGGGAGGCCCAGGGAGAAUACCCCAGGAUGAGAAGGAGGAGGAGGAGACGGGUAUCAUAAGGUCACCCAGGUGCUACCUCACACCUGCAGCACUGCUCUACCGAAAACAAGUCACACGCAAACAGAGAUGUGGUGUGUCCUCAGAGGAAGAGGAAGGGGAGGUGGACAGUGAGGUGGAGUUACCGCGGAGACGUCGGCCAGUGAGCAUCAACAAGUGCCAGUCCCUGUCCACCUUCAGCUCUGAGAACCUGUCAGCAGUGUCCGUGUCGGACGGAGAGGAGGGCAACACCAGCGACCACUCCCACAGUGGCACGCCCGACGUGGUCAGCACCAACACGGAUGAGCGGCUGGACGACAAGAGCGACGACCUUCUGUCCCAGGGGUCGGAGAUCUCUGCCGACCCUACCCUUGACCCAGCCGAAGGCCUAUCAGAGGAGGCCACCAUCCGCCAGGUCAAGACCCAGCUCAACACAGAGCAGAGCUAUGAGGGCCUGUAUGAUGACUCUGAGUGUGACAGUGCUGAGCUGGACUACUCAGGCUGCACAGAGCCCCAGCCCCAUAGGCUCCCCAGCACCAACUGGUGAGGAGGCCAGGCCACAGCCUCAGACUGAGACCCAGGCCCAUUCCCCCCCAGACCUCAGCCCCAGCCUCCUGGACAGGCCUAUGUACAGCCAACCAAACACCCCCCACCCUCAACUCAACCUCCCUUCUCUCAUUUCCCAGUCCCAGCCUUGCAAAAACACUUCCAACAAGCCAACUCACCUCACCUACAGGGACCUCUGCAACACCAUACUACAGAUGUAACUUCUACAUGUUAAAGUGAUUCUUUCACUAUCCGUUGUUCUUUCACUAUCCGUUGUUUCUUACUUCUCUAUUUUGUCCAAAAAAUUGUCAUACUUUAUUAUCUAUUCUAUGUAAAGUCUCCCAUUCAGAUUAUAUGUCUACAUUGUCAGAGAGGCAUCUGCACUUUGUAUACUUGAUUGGUACGGAUUAUUUCAUGUCCAAAAUCUUUUGUUUCCUCACAAGGAUCGUGCACUGAGUGUCGUUUAAUUUAUUUCUUGGGUAUUAGAGAGAAAAUCAAUGUUUACAUUCUUCCUCUUUAUAUUUUCACAUGUAUUUAUAAAUGUUUUUCAUCAGGGAUUUUGUUGUCCACAUUUUUUUAUACAAUCUGUAUUUUAUUUAAUGUAACAUGUAUGUAAAUAUUUGGACCUCUUGAGACACUUAUUCAAUUAACAAACAUUUGUAAGAGUUGAAAUGUGAGACUGGAUCAUCUAAUGGUGCUGACUAAUGUUUUACACUAGAGGGCGCUAUUGAAUUGUACCAGACAACAGAACUCGGGUGCAUUCAGCAGGGCACAACAUUGUGGAUAUUUCAGAUAGAAAAAGAUUAUGUAGAACAUACAUACCUCUCUGACAUGUAGAACAAAUGAACCAUGUCAGCUCUAUUCAUGACAUUUCUAUCUGAACCAUUCAACGUUUGCCUACUGAACAUGGCCCUGAACAGAUAUUCUAUUGGUCAGAUACCGGAUGCUGUUCAUGAAGAUGAUGACAGGGCAUUAAUAAGCAUAGAAAUAUAAUCUAAUAAUUAUAUUUCUAUGGCAUUAUAUUUCUAUGGCAAGACAGGUUGAAGAGAGCAGAACAAUGAUAGAUAAUGAACAACACCAAGCAAUAUGUCCACUAACUCUGAAUCAUUCCCCUGGCUGUAAACUAAAACUACAUCCCCUUUCUUCCAGGGUCUGACCGCACUUGUUUUUGUAGAUUAACUCGUGUUUAUUUGGUAUUGCACUCUUUAUACUGUAUUAAAAUGCAAUACUACGUACUAGGAUACCAUUGAGAACAAAACCUCAGGUCAAAUCUCAAAUGGCACCCUAAUCCCCACAGCUCUGGGUCAAAAGUAGUGCACUUCAUAGGAAAUAGAGUGCCAUUCGAGACGAAGCCUCAGUCACCGACCAUGUGCAUUGCCAUCUACAAGUGUAAAGAUACUAGAUCAGAUCACUAAAGCAUGGUUGUAAUAUAGUAUGUAUGGGUUGUASUUGUAUUUUUUGUCCAAAUGCAGAUGUUAGUCAGAGCAUGAGGCUCAGAUCAAAGGGACUUAAUCACCCAUAGAAACAGAAUCUAUAGAAAAAAGGGAAUCUACCACUCACUAAUUAACUCAUGAGCAGCAGACUAGUGUGUUCCUAAACUAACUAGUUGUUCUGCAACUAGUUACUUUCCUGUCAACUAAGGUUGCGUCCCAAUUCUAAAUCCUUAUCACCUAAAUGUGCACUUGUUCACUUCCCUUCUUGGAUUGAAAAGGAAAGGACUGCUGUAAGAAAUAUGGUGGAACCACCCUCUACCAAUCCAAAUAUAUGUUUUAUUGCGCAAGUGUGAACUCGGGCAGCAUCGGGAUGCAAUAGAGGCCUAUGUUUAAACAGCCUCCGUUCCAUCCUCUCCUAUCAAAUGACUCAGCAGGUUCCAUUUGAUAAGCUAUAAAAUGGCAGCUCCUGUGUUCUGUAAGGUUUUAUAUAUCCACUAGUAUUUAUUUUCUGUAAAAGCAUACAUUUUGUAAAAAACGGGUUAAAAAAAAUCUCUGAAUUUAUUCUGUCCUCAUAACUUUUAAUUGGUUUUAUUUUCUAGGCUUUUUUGCUCAUCUUUCUCAAGGGUGCCAAUCAUUUCGGACCUGACUGUAGAUGUGGACAAAUAAUGAAUUGUUUUGUUGCCAAUACAGCAAAACACCACUGCCCUAUGGUGACUGGAGAAAGAGGCUCCUGUAUGUUUCYGAUUAGCCUGAUGUGUUGAUUUGUCUUACCAAGUCCCUAUGGUAAAUGUCACGUUAAUGUUUGUGCAGCACAACACUAACCGAUUUGGCUCCAAGCUAGUUUCCAAUAUGCUGAAUCAAAAACAGACUCCUCGUCCCUUUGAAAGUACAUGUUUUGUUUUUAUAUCACAUCUGUGUACAAUAAAUAUAUUUAAGAAACAAAUAAAAAUCACUGUUCAAAAACUGGAAAUGUGGGUGUCAGACUUUAAUGCUGGGUAAGUGUUAAAGUGUUCAUAAAAUCAUAGCAGUGACCAUUCCUAUGAACUUCAGUGCCCA